AGUAUGAAACUGAAAUGGACAGAAGGUUUGAGCUGGAACCAGGGACUCUCUUUCCAGGCCUCAAAAAGGACCCCACGGACUUUGAGUGGAACUACUGGAUUGAAUGGGGAAGGGAGCGUAUUCUGUGGCUCCUGGCUGGUCACCUGCUGGUAUCACAAGUGUCCAGGCUGUUGGUUGAGAAGUAUAAGCCAUGGUGCUUGAUGGUUUAUGGAAUGGCUGCCUGCUGGUUGUUACUGGGGAUCAAGGGCUUUGCUGUGAUUUUGCUGCAUGCAGCUAUUUCGUUUGCUGUGGCUCAGUUUCAGCUGUCGCUCCUGACAUGGUUGUGUUCCCUUAUCCUGCUGUCCACUUUACGUGUACCAGCUGUGGAAGAAGCCAAGAGAAAGUGGUAUGACACUGAAAAUGAGUAUUAUCUGCUGCUCUUCACUGUGUCUAUCCGCUGCCUUUUCUGCACUAGCUUCAGCCUGGAGUACUGCUGGCAUGGACCUGCCCAGAAGUCAUCUUACUCGUUCCUGUGGAUGCUGGCAUAUGUGUUUUACUAUCCUAUGUUCCAUAACGGACCCCUUAUGAACUUUGAUGAAUUCAGUAAGCAGAUGAGGAGACAAGAAGCCUUCAGUUUCAAGACCAAUCUCAGCAUCUUAGUUGUGGGCAUAAUUCGUAUUUUCUUUUGGUGGUGUCUGGCUGAGCUGAUGAUUCACCUCAUGUACAUCCAUGCUCUCUACAGCAGUGCUCCACCUUUGGAAGCUGCUUCAUACUGGGCCUUGGGUGGCCUGGCUUUAGCUCAAGUGCUCUUUUUUUAUGUGAAAUACCUGGUUUUGUAUGGUAUUCCUGCUCUCCUCCUUCAGAUGGAUGGACUCAAACCCCCAGCUCUGCCUUGUUGUGUGAGCCUGAUGCACAGCUUCACUAAAAUGUGGAG